AUGGCGUCCCUUGAGUCGCGAAAGCAUAUUUCCCCGGACUCGGGCUUUUCUGUUACUCUGCAUCCCCAUUUCAACGCCAGAAUCGCAUCCCAUGUCCCUUCCAGCCCUAUCCGGGAAGCUUUCGAUCCUCCAAAGGACCGCGCUCAUUUCGCCGAUCCCGAGAAGAAGGCUCUCUUCGCCGUGGCGAGAAGAGUUGAUUUGACGGAGGGUGUUGGCACGCUUUUGGAAAACGUGCAACUGUCUCAACUCAAUGCGCAACAACUCGAUGAGUUAGCUUUAUUAGUGACAGAGAGGGGAGUCGUGUUCUUCAGAGAUCAGGAUUUGACUACAGAAAAGCAGGUAGAAUUAUUUGAACAUUAUGAAGAAGGUAUUCUGGACAAACACCCUGCCCAAAAGCAUAAAGAUAUUUAUGGAAACACCGAUGACCAUCGUGAAAUAGCCAACUUCACUCCUUGGCCAAUCGCAGAGUGGCACGCAGAUACUUCAUUCGAGAUUAACCCUCCGAGUUACUCUCUACUCCGAAUGGAAGAACAUCCUGAGAUCGGCGGCGAUACAGCAUGGAUAUCACAAUACGGGACAUACGAUGCCUUGAGCGACGCUUACAAAAGGUUUCUUGAGGGACUGCACGCGGUACAUACCUCUCGAUUGCAAUGUAUGUUGUGUCUCUCCGGAUCUCAGAACUCAGACUUGAUUCAUGAUAAGCUUAUCAUCAUCACGAUAGAUGACACCAUAGCUGAUCUCUGGGGCAUUGCCCCAAACCGUCCACCAAUUGAUACUCACCAUCCUGCCGUUCGAACUCAUCCAGUCACCGGAUUAAAAGCUUUAAAUGUGAACCCUGGAUUCGUUACAGGUUUUGCAGAACUGAAAAAGCUCGAGUCUGACAAAGUUCUCGAUUUCCUAUACACCCACAUUCACUCAGCAGAUGACCAUUAUGUGCGCUGGAAAUGGAACGUGGGCAGCGUUGCCUUCUGGGAUAACCGAUGUGUCGCUCAUCGUGUGAUACCUGGAUCGUACGAGACACCUAGACGUGGCGUUCGCACUACAGUGUAUGGCGAGAAACCAUUUCUCGACCCGGCGAGCGAAGGCCGUCUGCAGCGUAAGCUACGAAAGGCGAGGGAAGCGAAGACUAACGGCACUGCAGUAAAACAAUAG